AUGGGAAACAGUUCUGGAAAGCCGGUGAACUUCGCAGAUGAAGUGAGCCUCAAUCAUUUCCGACUUCUGCGAGUCGUUGGAAAAGGUGCUUUUGGAAAAGUCAGGAUAGUAGAGAGAAAGGAUACGGGCUUGACGUUUGCGCUGAAGUACAUUCGCAAGGAUGAGGCUUAUCUUGCACCAGAAGUCUAUAAAGGAUGCGGAUAUGGACCUGGAGCGGAUUGGUGGUCUUUAGGAGUACUGUUCUACGAAUGUAUCUACAAUAAGAGGCCAUUUGAAGGUAGUACACAAACUACGUUGGCAGCACAGAUAACCAAAGCUGCACCAAAUUUUCCCGUCACAGCACCUGCAGUUUCUAUGCCAUGUUUACAUGCCAUCAGCUCAGCUCUUGAGGAAGAUCCAGCGAAGCGAAUGGGUUCAGCCGGAUUUGAAACUUUUACCGAUAACCCUUUCUUUCGACCCAUAGACUUCGAGGCACUUGAGAGAAAAGAGAUAGAGCCAGUCUUCGUCCCAUCUAGUGAAAAGACGAAUUUCGAUGCUACCUAUGAUCUUGAGGAAUUACUAUUGGAGGAGGCACCUUUAGAAGCUCGGGCGCGUCGACAAAAGCCAAGGGAGGCUUUAAAGGAUGAUGCGACAGAGAAAGAAAUCAAGGAAGAGGAACUCCAUAAGAUGAUUGAAGCUCAAUAUACCACAUUCGAUUACACCAAAGCAGCGUAUGACAGAUAUAAUGAAGGUGGUGACCCAAAUUCUCCACCUCCCGUUACACAAACCAAUAGCCCAUCUACCCCAGCAUCGCAAACUUCUGAUGAAUUCCCAAAAGCCACGCUCACGCGCACUUUAUCUAAAAAUCGGAAGAGAGCUGCUUCGCGUUCCCAGCCAUCUUCACGUUCUGAAUCACCAUCGAAUAGUGCAAAUGCUCCACCAGUUCCUAGCCCACAGGCUCCUGGCUCUCAACAAACACCCCAAAAUAUUAGCCCUGUUUUAGGGCCUCCUCGUUCCGUGCCCCAUGCCCAGUCCCCAAGUACGAGCAAGACACCCUUAUCACCCUAUCAACAGUCAUACAACCGUCCUCAUCGUCCCGGUGGAAUACGCAAAGAAUCGCAAGGUGGGGGCAUGCAGGUUGUAUUGGCUGAAACUGGAAGCUGGUCAGAAUUGGCCAAGCAAGAUGCGACCCUACCCGCAGAUGCCAAGUUGGUAGAAGCACAUGCUAAGCCAACUGGUAUGUUAGGAUUCUUAUCAAGAAAGAAGGGCAGAGGCCAUAGUCCAAAGCCACAGGAGAGGGGUAUCCUAGGAAAGGAAGGUGCAAGAAUCAUUAUAAGUCAGGGGUGA